AUGGGUAAUGAUGUUCCUCGCCUCUCGGCCGAAGAAAUCAAGAAUCGGCAAAUCCAAAAGGUGGAUUUGGAGCUGAGAAGAAAGAUGCAAAAAGGAACCCGUUAUAAUAUGAAAGUGAUUUUAAAGGGAGAAAGAAAUUGUGGUAAAUCCAUGUUGUUCAAACGUCUUCAGGGUCAACCAUUUAGCGAAGCCUAUAUUCCGUCAACAGCCAUAUCCACCGCUCAUAUUCAUUGGAAUUAUAAAGUAAGCGAUGACAAUGUUGUUGUAGAAGUUUGGGAUGUGGUAGACAAGGGAAAAUUAAGUGGAACCACACAUUAUGAAGAUGCUAUUAUCGAGGACGAGGAUGAAACACCCACUUCCGAACAGCUUCAAUUGAAAGCACAAGCAUUGGCAAAAUCUCACGAAUUUGACAUGAUGAAACACAAACAGGGCGCAACAAAUUCUCCUUCAGCUAGCUCUGGCUCACCAAUGUUUGGAGACCAUCAAUUGACUGUUAUUGAUGCGCAUAUUGUAGAUGUCUACAAGCAUUGCAAUGCCGUUUUACUUGUUUUUGAUAUUACCAAGCCAUGGACAUGGGAAUAUGUGAAGAAUGAAUUUUCAAAGGUUCCAUCUGGUGUGGAAAUUGCUGUAUUAGCAAAUUGCAAGGAUUUGGAAAGCAAACGAGUUGUCACGCAAAACGAAGUACAAGAAUUUUGCUCGAAACGAGGAGUUAGUGUUAUUGAAUGUAGCAGUUUGAAUUGUUAUGGUCUGAAAAACCUUUAUACAUGGCUCAAUAUUCCAUUCUUGAAAAUGAAAAUUAACAUUACCAAACAACAAUUGCAACUUUUAGAGGAAGAAUUAGACUUUGGAAAAGAGGAGGUUGAUUUGACUUUGAAAGCUUCCAAUUACAAUGAUUAUCUUCAAAUGCUAAAAGAAACAAAGAAAAAGACGACUAUUGGCUUCACCGAAGAGCUCGUGAAUAGAAAGACAGCAGUCAGAAAAUCAGUACCUGCCAACCCUCCACAAAAUUCAACAAUUCCUCAGCAACAACAAAUGCAUCCACAAGGUACUACAACUCAAAAUCAACCUCAAACUCCUCCACCACAGCAACCACAAACCAAACCAAGCAGCUCCGUAACCCCACAACCUACGACACAACCACCAAAGACUACACAGCCACCUCCAUCAGCUACCACACAUCAAGAAAAACCUAAAUCUGGUGGCUUCUUCUCUGCUGCCUUGUCCUAUUUUGGUGGAGGAAGCAGCACAAACAAGGAACAACCACAACCCAAGGCCGAGAAAAUUGUUAUCCCUCAAUCAACACCUGCCCAAGAGAAGGUUGACCUCAAUACAUUUUAUGCAGGAGACGCUGAAGAAGCGUUCUAUUCAGAUGAAGGAGAAAACAAUGCUAGCACCAAUGUGACAACGAAUCGUUCCCUCGAUGACGACGAAGAAUCCAUUACUCAGCCUCCAAAGAAGACUGUGAAAAAGAAGGGUUCAAAAAAGAAAUCCAAGACAUCCAAAAAAGUUGAUAGUGAUGAUGAGAUAGAGAUGGACGAGGUAGAAGAUGAAGACGAUGAUGACACUGACAGACCAAUGAUGGAUCAAAGCGUCAAUGAAUCUAUGGAAGAAUUAUAUGUGCCAAUGGCUAAACAAUCAUUCAGAAAGACUACCACAACAUCUUCUAGCACUCCAACCAAGAAACAAGCAUCUCCUGCCACUCAACAACCUCAAAAGCAACCAGAAAUUAAAAAAGAGAUUCCAACACUCUCUAAGGAGGAGAUUGCUGAUGAUGAUGCUGGCUUUUACAGUGACGACAAUGAAGAAUCCAACAAGGCACCUACACAUCAGGAUGAGCAUUUGGAUUCUUUCUACAACGAUAAUGAAGAGGAGGAUGAAGUACCAAAAGUACAAAAAACACAAAAAACAACUACCACUUCCUCAACAAAGCCUCAAACCCCAGUGACAGAGACAAAAUCCAAGAAAGAAGAUUCAUUCUAUGACGAUGAAGAAGACGAAACAAUUGAGGCAAAACCCUCUGUGGUUGAGACUAAGCCAGUUGCAACUGCAACAAUUUCACCUCCACAGCCAAUCCAUACAAACACGAACACGGAAUCAGUUCCUGUGCGCGAGCCAUUGUUCUCCUCAGAACGAUUCUAUGAUGAGGAUGAAGAGGCAUCUCCUGUAGUUACAGAAAAGCCAAAGAAGAAGAAAGCAACCAAAAAGAAAUCAUCAGCCACCACUGGGGAAGCAACAGAAACCAAGAAGAAGGUGAAAAAGAAGAAGGCUCCAGCAACUGCAGUCGCAUCGGAAGAGGCGUCUGUGUCACGAUCUCGACCUGCUACUGGCUAUGAAGAAAUUUAA